AUGUCCCGGUCUGGGCACGGGGCCGUUAUGUGGGCCCGGUCUAGUGACGGGUCCGCUAUGUGGGUCCAGUCUGGGCACGGGUCCGCUAUGUGGGCCCGGUUCACGAGGCCGUUAUGUGGGCCCGGUCUGGGCACGGGUCCGUUAUGUGGGCCCGGUCUGGUCACGGGGCCGUUAUGUGGGCCCGGUCUGGGCACGGGUCCGUUACGUGGGCCCGGUCUGGGCACAGGGCCGUUAUGUGGGCCCGGUCUGGUCACGGGUCCGUUAUGUGGGCCCGGUCUGGGCACGGGCCGUGAUGGGCAGGCACCGGAUAUCCGCCGCAGCUGCCCCCACGUGGCCUCUGCUGGGCAUUACGGCCGCGCCAUCGCCGGCCACGCAUGGAGCGGCCAAUCAGAACAGAGCUAA